GUCUUCCUUUCGAACACGCAAUGCAAAAUCUACACGCAUAUAUAUUAAAGAUAGAACGAUAGUUCGAAACGUUUGUAGCUUUUUAUUUUGAGCGUAGCUGAAAUGUCAUCAUUGGUUGAACAACGCGCUUAAAGGUGAAAUAACCUCUUGUCGAAUUUUGGCGGUUAAAUUUUUCAAAACUUUGCGACGCCGGCUAUAUAAAUCAAUUUGCGGCAUAUCGAACGUGUACGUUUAAUGUGUGUGCAUAUGUUUAUAACAAUCUGCAAUAAUACGGUUCUUUGAUCUAACUCCGAAUAAUAUAUGCAAAGUCAUUUCUAACAAUCCGAAUAAACAAUGGCAUCGACUGACGAGUCGGAAGCCGACAUCGAGAUGAAAAUUCACAAGACACUGUACUCCAUCAAUGACAUUACCGUGAAGAUAAAAAAGGAAUUGGAGAUGAUAAAUGAAUUUGUGAAAAAGGACGGGCAUUUGCACACGGUGGCAAAAGCGGCGAACGAGGUUUUAUCCAAAAAGGCUCAAGAGAUGGGACUAAACGUAGCAGAGAUCACUGAUCAGAGUAAACAGAAAGGAAGGUCAGAUUCUACUUUGAUUACAGCCUCAAUAGUUACAGAAAAAAUGGAUCAACUUAUGAAUAACGUUUAAAAAACUAUGAAACUGAUAUUUUUUUUCCAUUAUUG